AUGUCACUGUGUGUUUUUUCAGUCGGGGCUGCCGUAGCACGUAGCAUUUGCAGGCUCAAACACUAAAGGACUGCAGAACAAAGGCACACAUAAGCAUAUCUGAAGUGACACGAAACGUGAGGUAAACAUUGCCUUUGCUUUACUAGAGUUAAUUUCGCUGGUUUUUAGCAGCUGUAGAACCGCGGGCAUUCGCUGACAGCUGCAGUGCGCCCCACCGCCUGAGUUACCAGGCAUCUUCUGAGACUCCUGCUCCAGAUUAGUCCCCUUCAGCUGACAGCGCUCAGAACCCUCGGGCUCGGCCCGCCAGGUCGCUGUGUGAGGCUGCCGGGGCUCUCUCCGCCCGCCGCUCCAGGCGGGAUGGGGCGGACGGCGCCUGGCCCUGCCGCCGCGGAACGUUCGGAACCCGGAACCCGCCGCCCGCCCGCCGGGGGAGAGGCGGGGGAAGAGAAAGGAGCGGACGCGGCGCCGCCGCCAUUGCCCAGGUUCCGCUCCCGCCGCCGCCGCCAUUCCCGGCCUGUCGCGGCCAUGUACCGGCCGGGAUUCCGCGCACCGACACCCCCCUACGCGGGCGGAGGCUUCCGCAGCCCUCCCUCCGGCGGAGGGCCCCUGCCGCCCUCUCCGCGGGGCUACGGGAGCCCCCACCACACGCCGCCCUACGGCCAGCGGCCCGGGCCGUACGGCAGCGGCCUCUCGCCCCGAGGCCCCGCGUUCCACGGGCGCUUCGGGAGCCCCUCGCCGGGGGCGCAGACCCCGCGCCGGCCGCAGAGCGUCAGCCCCCGGUACCCCGCUCCGUUCGGCGGCGCGUCCCCGGCCGCAGCGCCUCUGCACCCGCCGCCGCAGCACAAGCGCUCGCCCGGCGGCUUCCAGAGGCACUUCCAGGGAUCACCCAGGACAUCUACUCCAUUUGGUACAGCGCAUGGCAGAGGGAAAAGAGUGUCUAAUGAUGUGGAAAACUAUUACAGACCUUCAAUGCUUGAGGACCCAUGGGCUGGCCUAGAGCCAGUUUCUGUUACAGACAUAAACCAGCAAUACAGCAGUGAGCAAACAACAUUUACUGGUAAAAAAGGGAGGUAUUUCAGCUAACACUUUUAAAGGCCAAAUAACUCCAUCUUGUCAGGAAAACUUUGGGACAGAAUCUUUACACUUACACAAGAUGAACAAUAAUCAAGACCUUAGAUAAUACUUUUAUUUCAUCACAUGUCCACCCUUUUAUCCUACCUUUUUUAUUGCAUUGGAUAUUUUUAUGUAUGGAAGGCAAAAGGAGUGGUAGGAAAACUUAUAUUUCUGGCUAUGUGGAAGUGCCUGCCAGCUCUGAAGAACAAAGUGUUCUUUAAUCACCAGCGACUGAUUUGUGACUGUUAAAGCAAGUUUCCAUAUACUUACUUCUCCUAUGCCAGAUUGUUAGCCUUUUAUUGUAAAGUCUCUUAGGGAGUGGUAUUUUUUAUGUUUCAGCAUUUUUAGAAUGAAAUAACUUGGAAAUAAAAUAAAGUUUUGUAAAUCCUUGUUUUGUAAUGUAUAAAGAAUAUUUUAGGAGCUUUGUUAAGGUGUACACGUUAACACAGUAUUUCACAACACUGAUGUUAGGUGACUUGUGUAAAUAUGCUUGUAUGCUGUAGUUAACGUCUGCUUUUGUGCAUAGUAAUUUUUGUUAAUUGCAGUGUAAUGUGAAGUUGAAACAUGACUUACAGCCAUCUCAGGAAACGAAUGUAUUGGUUUUGGAAAGUUUAAUUUGUUGAACAAACUCUUGAGUCAACCUUAAUUCUGGAAUUAUUUGCUUUUGUGUUUAAAAAAUAUAUAUUUGGAUCAAUAUUAGAAAUUUCUAGAUUAUAGUAACAAGUUUGUUCAGUGACAAUUUAAGUCUAAAGAACACUUAAAACAUCAAGCUUAAAUAAAUGCAAAUGCUCUUUCUGGGUGUUUACCUGCUAGAAUAGUACAGAAUGAAUGACAGUCUUUGUUACACAGUUGACAUUAGUACAUGCAUAGCAUCUUUUUUUAAUCUGUUUUAUAUUUUUCAAUUAUUUUUUAUUUUUACUUACAGCAGGCAUCAUUGCCAGGAGAAUUGUUUUGUGUGUGUACAUGUUAUAUUUUUAUACUGAAGAGGAAAGCAAUUAAUUGGGUUUUUUUAGAGCUUAUCUUUACAUGGAAGAUCCAUGCUUAAAUCCAGGAGUGAAUAUCAUACUCUAGAAUAAAAAAGAAAUAGUUCCAGCUGCAGGCAUGCUCAUAACUUGCCAUGUUAAACCUGCAGUAGUUAGAUAAAUUUUUGUUGAACGUGCUACUAUUCAUUGAUUUUGGAUUUUAAGCCAAAGUAGAGUGUAAAAACCUUAUUAAAUAAAAGUGUUAGUUUAAUUUUCAAAAUA